ACCAGGAAAUCACCAGUAGCUUAAGUAAAUGUACCUGAAAUUAGUCUAGAUCUUGACAAAAAUCAAUCAAUCCUUCCAUAACAGGAUGAUUUAAACUGAAUGGAAUUUCCUGCCCCAGGGCUCAUGACUGAGACAGUGAGAUGGAGAGAUAGACAUGCGGCGGAGUUGCAAGGAAUGGAAGCAACAGAAGAUGCAAUGGACAGGAACAGCUGCGAAGAAUUUGUACGUGGCGCCAAACAACUCCUGACACGCGGAAAACAGGGAAAGAGAUAAUAGAAACAGAUGUAGGUACACGAUGUUAAGCACACAGCGAGAAAAUGGAUUAAAAUAUGAGACAAGUAAUGGAACCAAUAUCAUAAACACAUCAGUACAGGUAUAAUGAAGACAGGUAGAGGUGCACUCCAGCUGAGCCUCCCUUGUCCCAGUCAAUACAGUUCCGGUGGUGCAGAGAGGUCGUGCAUUCUUAUUUCACCAUAAAGAACUCGGUAUUCUGGGUAGUCUGGGAGGCUGGGGAGGAGUGUUGAGGGUAUGACUCACGCCACAAGCUCGAGCACCAUGAUAACAUUUGCAGAAAGAAGGAAAUAGCUGUCACCUUGGGUCUUAAGCACGCAUGCAGCCCUGCCAAGCUACAGUCUGUAAGGCCAAGCAAGUGUGUAAGUACGUGAAACAGAGAACUAAACCAACAAAGACAGGCCGCUCAACACACCUAAGCGGGAGAGGACGCAAGAUGGAGACCAAGAUUAAGCUUCUGGGAGAUCCCCAUGUAACAGAGAACCAGAAGAACAGUUCCCAGGAGAGAGAACAAAUGUUUGACGGGAAUGAAGUUCGUGGUAUGUGCACAGUUCUCCGCAGACACAAGUUGUUGGUGGGCGCCGUGGUGUUAGUGGUAGUGCUGGCGAGUGUCGGGGCAUGUGUGUUUCUGGUCUCGUCAUCUUCUAUCCUUCAUCACCUCGGCUUCACCUCCAAGGGGAUUGCCAAGAAGUCCUUCGCUUCCAGACUCAUGUCCUCCACUUCUCAGGCCAACAACCACACCGUGCCCCAAGACAGCUGGGUGUCGUGGUUGCAAAAGGUGGGGCAGAAGGGGGCGACUGCAGAAGACGAGGCGUACUUCGCGGCAGGAGGAGCCAUCGUCGGGUUGGUGGUGGCGUCGGCGGUGAUAGUGGUGGUUCAGGUGGUGAUGGUGACUUGGAUGGCGUACCACGUGUGGCGGAACAGACACUAGUCACCCCAGUAGGAGCGUGCAGCCUGACGUCAGCCAUCCGGUAACAUGCUCAAAGGUUAACCCAUUCACCAUGUUGCCAUCACACUUUCCAAACUUCAUAAAACAGAACCAGUAAAAUUAGAAGAAAAAACAAUUCUAAUAGAUGUAUCACUCAGUUUUCUUUUUGGUUCCUUCAUUAUGAAAAACAUCACUGUAAAUAAAACUGCUUGCACCACUAAUGGGUGGAAGCUUAACAGCGCUUCCCACAUAUACUCUUCAAGUAUGCCUAUAGGCGCUAUAGGCCAUAACAUGGAAAAGAGAAAUCAUAUUUAACGAAGUAUGUUAAUGGUAUGCAGAGUAUAAUGAGUGUGAUGGCACAGUGCUGAAAGGGUUAAUACGAGGCAGACCUCAAGAGAUUAUUAUAAUAUAUUCUUUACGGGACGAGAUGAUUCUCUUGGGAAGGAGGGUGAUGUUUUCUGGGGGCACGCCUCGCCUCAAGCCACAGUGCCUUAUGUGGGCUGUGAACAUGUCACUUAAAGUUUAUAGUGAUUCAUUAUUUUAUCACAAGGAAAAUUAGCAAGAGACAAAUAUACUCUGUGUGUACCAACGUAGAUUAUGAGAAGAUAUAAAAUAAACAAAUAAACAGGAAAACAAAA